UAAAGGUUUGAAUCGAACAUUCAGCAGACAAUAUUUCCUUUCUGCCACCUACACCUGUUAAACACAACCGUUAGCGCUAGGAUGGAAAGGCUGCGGAUGAAGUUGGCUCAGGACCCGAACGUAUACCCAGAAUACUUCAAGAUUGGUAGAAGCGGGGACAGUAAGCAACAUGGUAGUAGUAGAGACUCGUCUCCCAGCGUUAUUUCAAUCGCAUCUUCCUCUUCCCCUUCAGUCAUGGUAGCUCCUGCCAGUACAGCACGCCCUAUUGUCAUUUCAUCUGAUGACGAAGAUGAAAAUC